AAAUAUGUUUAAAUAUGAUUAUCAUUGAAGGAAUUGGUUGUGAAUGAGAUCGAGCAAAGGAAUUGGAAGGGAAUACUCAUCUCGCUAUUGGUAAUCGUUAGCAUUUGUUCGCUAAUACUUUUAUCAAUAUUCAUAUUAAGUCCGCAUUUUGGGAUCAAUGAAACGGAAAGACUAAAAUUGGAUGAUUUUCUGGCCAAAGGCUAUAAGAGAAAAGGAUAUAACGGGACGUGGAUUUCAGAGCGAGAGAUAUUAUUUAUCGAUAACAACGACUCAUUCAUUAUCUAUAAUAUCGACACCAAAUAUAAGAGCGUAUUAGUCGAGGGCAUUAAUUUGCGUUUCGGCGGACAGAAG